UGUUGUAUUCAAUUUCUUAUAGUGAUAUAUUGUACAUUUAUAAUAAUUGAGAUGGCCAUGUUACAAGAAUGCAACUGGAAAGGAUUCCAGAAAUAUAAUACUGAAACGCUUGAAGAUCCAAUUGAUUGUUUCCAAAUUCCUCAAGCCAUUAAUCCACAGGAAUAUUUAGCGCAAUUCAAUGAUCCAAAAUCGAAAGAAAAAAUUAAGUUUUGUCAUGGUACGACUACUCUUGCAUUCAAGUUUCAACAUGGGGUGGUUGUUGCUGUCGACUCAAGAGCUACCGCGGGAAGCUACAUUGCUUCACAGACUGUUAGAAAAGUCAUCGAAAUCAACCCAUAUCUCCUCGGAACAAUGGCAGGAGGGGCUGCUGACUGUAUGUUCUGGGAAAGAGUUCUUGCAAAGCAAUGCAGAAUUUAUGAGUUGAGAAAUAAAGAGAGAAUUUCAGUUGCCGCUGCAUCAAAAAUUCUAGCAAAUAUGGUAUACGCUUACAAGGGAAUGGGGUUGUCUAUGGGUACAAUGAUUUGUGGUUGGGACAAGCGAGGACCCGGGCUUUAUUAUGUUGAUAGCGAUGGUCAACGUUUGAAGGGAAACAUGUUUUCAGUUGGAUCUGGAGCGACAUAUGCUUAUGGUGUCUUGGAUUCAGGAUACAAAUAUGAUAUGGAAGUUGCGGAUGCUCUGGAUCUGGGAAAACGUUCAAUUUAUCACGCCACACACCGUGAUGCUUACAGUGGAGGUGUUGUCAAUCUCUACCAUAUGAAGGAAACUGGAUGGGAAUUUAUUUCACAAACAGAUGUUAAAGAAAUCCAUUAUGAAACAAAGAAAUGAAGCAUGCUGUAUAAAGAAUGAAAUUAUUGAACUCAAAGCACAAUUUUCCAUGUUUAUUUCUGGUGAAUUUGGGGAUAUCAAUACAGGGAUGAAUUUUGUAGUGUGUUAAUGAAUCUGGCCUUGCAGUUUAUUAGAAUUUUCAAUGUUCAUAUGUUGUCUAACAAAAUCAUUAUCUAAGAUAGAUUUAUAAUCCAAAAUUUACGAAAGCUUAGCAAAAUUGUGAUUUUUUACAAGAAAAAGAUAGUAGUUUCAGUAGUCCGAAUGCUCAUGCACUUUUUGAUUCUCAUCAAUUCGAAUUAUUUGUUAAAACCAAAUUUUCAACUUUCAUUUCUACCCGAGAAUGUUUAUCAUAUAAUGUUUGAUUCAAUUGUUCUUGUGUUCCUAAUAUGUCUCCAUUAUCUGAUAUACCAUUGUUUAUGGAUAGAACAUUAUGAUUCUGUUCAGAUUUAUCUAAACAUUUAAGUUCAACUGCAUUCACUCUCAAUAUGUAGAAUUGCUCAAUUUCGAAUCUGGAAAAUUCUUUUGUUUAUUAGGAAAUGGCCCCUUUUUGUGCUACAUGUUCCAACAGUGAAAUGUAUCUAUUUCUGAUUCUGACUGCUAAUGUUUUUUUGCUUAGA